GCUAGAAUCCGCGCAGAUCCACGCAGAUCAGAGAGGCCGCUACAAGCAGCAGCACUACGUCUCCCGUCCAUAAGCUGGCCUCUACGCAAUUGCGGUAUCGAUUCCGCACAAAUUUCGCCAUUCACAGAGGCCCUGCUCCACUCAGUCAUCAGCGUGGUGUAGCUCGACGCUCCUCAACACCAGAGAAUCGCAAUGGGAGCCAGUUCUACAAAGCUUGAACCUCUGAAGCCCGUCGAUAACGUCCCGGUCCGGCAGCUCUUCGGCACGUGGUUCGUCAUCGCCGUGAUGCCGACGAUCUUCGAGAAGGGCGCGCACAAUGCCAUCGAGACGUAUUCGGCGGGCAAGACGGAGGGCGCCGUAGACAUCGACUUUAGAUACAAUAAAAAUUCGCUGGAUGGCCCGCUGAAAAAGCUCCCGCAAACAGGUAGCUCCUGGUACGACGAUAACACGUCUGGCUGGAAAGUAUCUCCGUUCUGGCCGGUGAAGAUGCCCUACUUGGUGAUAGAAAAGUCUAAGACGGCACUGGACAACGACGCGGCGUGGUUCGUCGUCGGCACCAGUGCAUAAUCAAAUAGUUAAAUGGCGUCGCGGACUUGAUUAAGAGUUAUCGGCUGCACCCGACUCACACUGGUUGGUUGCGCACAGGUGGGCUACCCGAGCCGCGCCUACGUCUGGGUC